AUGGCAAAGCUGGCAGAGGUCGUCCAGGUCACCACAGGCGCCUCGAGAUAUCGACCAGAAGAUGCCAGCCUGAAGAAUCAAGACGACGACGAUCAUGUCUCAAUCGCCAUCGACGAUGCCGACACCUCUGGAUGCGCUGGUGCACACGACCGAAUCCAUCAAGACGGCCACAACCAACGUUCCACGGAUUCAGCGUUGAAUCUACCACUGCGACCAGAUAACGGGUCAAUGUCGCUAACUGGACUAUCUCACCUUCGUUCUCCGAGUCUCGACACUCCUUCAGGCCGAACAGGCCCUCCACGUUCGCUGUCAUUUGCAUAUUCCCUACCCCAGUCCCCAGUUCUGAAAACUGGACGUUACCCUUAUACCCAAGAGGACAACGCGGAAAGUAUCUCCCCUAACCAGUCGGCUUACUACGGAGACCUUGACGAGGAACUGUUUUUCUCCGUCAACGGUGCUCAAAGCAAUGCCCCCGAGUUUCGCACUCCUUUAGAAUACCCCCAACGCGAAUCGUCAUUUUCCAGCUCAGGGAAAGACCAAAGUCACAAAGACAAAGGGAAAAGACGCUCGACGGAGGAGAGUUGGCUUCCGAAGGGUCUGCGAUGGUUCCACGACUCGCCGAGAGACGAAAAGGCCCCCUCGGGAGCGGGCGAUUCAUAUUUUAGCUCCCUUUCCAACCAACACCAACCACCUCGUACCGCUACGCCUGCUCCCCCUGGCGGGUCCAACGCGAACUCAAUAAUCCUUUCAACAACCUUAACCGACGAACCUGCGGACCACGACCACGACAGCCAUCGCGAGCCCAAGGAAGCAUCCCAAAUAGAACGGGAAUCUGUAGCCGCACCGUCGUCGAGUGUAAAUGGGAGCCCUCAUAUCCACUCGUCUUCCCUACUCUUUAGAAGACAGGGCAAGGCGCUGACAGCCUCUCAACCAGUCCCUGAUAAUAAUCCCUUGGACGAGUUGGACAUCAAGAACUUCGGCACUGCUGAACACCCCGAUCAACAACGAGCAAUUUCAGUUCCAUCGUCGCCCAAGACCCCUACACACAAACGCCUCAAACGAAGGUGGUCUUUCUCUUCCCACCACAAACCAAGCUCGGUUGCAACCACUUCCCAACGGCAACUCUCUACCGAUGGCAGCAAAGAUGACAAUGUAGCCACUGGCCCGUCAACCGGAAGUCGCUGGAGCAAGUUGCGCGCAUUAUUCCCUCAUCUCCACGAGGAGAGGGAAGAAGAAGCCAACCCUCCUGCUGUUGCAGUGUCACCGAACGUCAACAUUAUCGACGAACUCAUCGCUGGGGGCUUGGCUACGCUCAUGCCAAAGCUAUGGUUUGAACGUGACCAGAAAGGUCACCGGCGAGUUCCUAUCCUCUUACAUCGUCUCCAGCUGCGAAUCACAGACUCGUUACAUCCGUUGCACAAAACCAAGAGCGUUUUCAGGAUUGAAUGCGUGUACGCGGGCGUCGCGAAGUGGGUCAUUUAUAGGGAAUUGAAAGAUUUCCUGACAUUACAUGGCCAGUAUACACUCGUCAAUGCUGUGCAGGGGGCCAGUGGAAAGGUCCACGAACGCCUACCCGAAUUCCCGACAACCAGUCUGCCUUAUUUCAAAUUUCUCAACAAGGACGGAGGAGGGAAGAUCUCGAAGGCCGACUUCGCGCGACUGCAGCGCCAACAGCUGGAGGACUAUCUCAUUGGGCUUAUUCGCGCAGUUAUGUUUCAUCCUUCCUCAAACAGAUUGUCCGCCUUUUUGGAGAUCUCGGCGCUUUCGAUUGCGUUGGCACAAUCCGGUGGUGCCCAGUAUAAAGCAGGUUACCUAAAGAUUGAAGCUACUUCCAUGACACUCCCUUCAGGAGGUGGCAGGGGGAGCGGAACCACCACGAAUAACACUCCAGGAUUUGGAAGGAAGAGUGUGGGGUGGAGAGAACGAAAGGAAUGGCGCUGGUGUGCAGUGAGGGAGAGUUACCUCGUUGCGCUGGAGCAGCCGGGGGAGACAAUUGUCUGGGAUGUCUUCCUACUUGACUCCGACUUCAAGAUCGAGAGGCCUAAAAGCGACGAAAGCGAAGACAUCCACCGCGCUAGAACACCUUUACUCGACCCAUCGAUAAACCCAAACCCUAUCCUGACGGUCACGCAGCCCAGCGAAAACAAGGAGUCUAAAGGAGACGCUAGCGCUGGAUUCAAUCGUGAUAGCAAUGCUGAGGACAACUUUCAAGACACGAAUGCGGCUGUGAAGCGGGCAACAGAACAGGCUUUGGCGAAGAGUAAAGAUGUAUCUCGACAUACUUUCUACAUUGUCAAUUCGCAGACCAGGCUGAAGUUGCAUGCACGGUCUGAGAGGCAAAUGCUCCAAUUCAUCGCUGCUUUGGAGCGAAUUGCAAAGACAUCUCCUUUCACCAAACACCAUCGUUUCGACAGCUUUGCGCCUGUCAGGACGAAUGUAGCAGCCCAAUGGCUUGUUGAUGGGCGCGAUUACUUCUGGAACGUUUCUAGAGCCAUCCUUCUGGCCAAAGAAAGCAUCUACCUUCAUGAUUGGUGGUUAUCGCCCGAGGUUUUGAUGCGCCGUCCCAAUAUGGACCGCUAUCGUCUUGACAGACUGUUGGAACGGAAGGCCAAGGAAGGGGUGAAGAUCUAUAUUGUCCUUUACUUGGAAGUGUCGAAUCGAACAACUCCAAUUGACAGCAACUACACGAAGCAGAGAUUGACUUCUCUUCAUCCUAAUAUCAUGGUCCAGCGUGCACCUUCUCAUUUCCAAACUGGAACCUUCUAUUGGGCUCAUCACGAGAAGCUUUGUGUUAUCGAUCAAACUAUCGCGUUCCUCGGUGGCCUUGAUAUCUGUUUUGGCAGAUGGGAUACCCCUCAACACGCGCUUACUGAUGAUACGCUGGACACUGAUAGGCCUGAGAUAUGGCCCGGGAAGGAUUACAGCAACCCUAGGGUUGGCGACUUCUACACGCUGAACAAGCCAGAGGAGGAUAUGUACGACCGCACGAAGGUGCCUCGUAUGCCUUGGCAUGAUGUCUCGCUUCAGAUUGUUGGACAGCCUGCACGUGACUUGGCAAGGCAUUUUGUUCAAAGGUGGAACUAUCUUCUCAGAAUAAAGAACCACUCGAGGACAAUGCCAUUCUUAUUGCCACCGCCAGAGUAUCGCCCCGGGCAGCUUACUCAGUUGGGCCUGACAGGAACCUGCGAACUUCAAAUCGUCCGUUCCGCUGGACCGUGGUCGACUGGGACGCCCGGAAGGGUUGAGCACUCCAUUCAGAAUGCCUAUCUGAAAGCGAUUCAAUUGUCUGAGCACUUCGUCUACAUUGAGAACCAAUUCUUCAUUACCUCUACCACUGUCAACGAAGUUAAAAUUGAAAACAAGAUUGGUGAUGCCCUUGUUCAGCGUAUCAUCCGCGCCCACAAAGAUGGGAAACCUUGGAAGUGUUGUGUUAUGCUGCCCCUUCUUCCCGGCUUCACCUUCCCUGUCGAUCAUAGUGAUGCAAGCGCGAUUCGAAUAAUCCUUGAAUGUCAGAAUCGAACGAUUGCAAGAGGAUCUGAUUCGAUAUUCUCCAAGCUUCGUAAAGAGGGUAUCGAUCCGGACGAUUAUAUCUCGUUCUUCUCUUUGCGAAAUUGGGCCAAGAUGAGAGGAGAUAUCCUGACUACCGAACAGGUGUACAUUCACGCCAAGAUUUGCAUUGUUGAUGAUCGGUUAGCAAUCAUCGGGAGCGCGAAUAUCAAUGAACGAUCCCAACGAGGCGACCGGGAUUCUGAGGUGGCUGCCGUCAUUAGGGACACGGAUUUCAUUGAAGGGACAAUGGCCGGGAAACCCUUCAAAGUCGGCCGUUUCGCGCACACCCUGCGGAUGCGCCUGAUGCGCGAACAUCUUGGCAUCGACGUUGACGCCGCGGAUGAAGAGAACCUAAUGUCGCAUGCGCCAGUUCAGAGCGAACUCGAGCAAACUACGUGGGAUCCUGACAAGGAGGAAGUUCCUGUUCAGGAGGAUGGUGUGACCCAUGUCGAAAAGCCUCGAAAAAAUAAGGGUGUUGUCGGAAAUGCUGUUCACUUUGGUGCGAAGGCAGCUGGGCAAAGUGGGUACAUCUCCGUCGGUGUCAUGACGAAAUGCUUAACUAGCCUAGCUGUCCGUGGGGGUGCAGAUGCGCUUUCCCUGGGAUGUACCAAAGGGAUGCAGACUGUUGGGCUAAAGGACGCUGGACCAGCUGCUCAAGAUGCAACGACGGAAGCUCUGGAGGAGGAGCGCAAAGAUUUCGAAGCUGGUGGGAGCAAGCGAACCGGGUUCGCUAGUUCAGCAGUCCCGACUCUGGAAGAGAAAACAAUUAUGGAAAAUCGACCACGCAAGGAGUCGUCAACCCGACGGUUUAACCCUCAUCACAUCCAACAAGAUAUCAUCGAGGAAGAGCGACCACAAGAUAUCGAGAUUAGCGAGAAUGGAGGCACUGAAAGAACCGGCUCGAGCGCCAAGACCUCGACGGAUGACUUCGUGCUGCUGGAACCACCUCCAAGUCGCACGAGAUCGAGGUCAAAUACGCGUCUCGAGGCUGGCGGGAGCACUACUCCCAGAGCCUCGUUGGACCAAGAUGACAGGAAUCCGGCUGACGUACGCAGCAUACUGAGGAAGAACAUGAGCAUCAAAUCCAAUUGGACUGUCCCGACGACUCGCCCCCAAAUUUCGUUUGACGAUUUCGAGGAUCCGAUUUGCGACAAGUUCUGGAAGGACAAAUGGGUUGCCAGUGCGGUACACAAUACGGAGAUCUACAGAAAGGUCUUCCACGCAAUCCCGGAUGACCUCGUAACGACCUGGAAGCAGUACAAGGAAUUCAUCUUGCACCACGAUAAGCUGAACAAACCUGCCCCGAGUGACCCCGUUACGCGCGUAUCGUCUGAGUCUGAAGAGGACGCAGGGCUUGCUACAACGAGCGACGUGAUUUCGGAAACCAGUAAAGAAGGCCAUGCGUCAGAGCAGCAACCACCAGAGCUCAAAGAACCCAAGGAAGCGCCAUCAUCUGCCGCGACGAAUGAGUCCUUCAAGCGCCCCCCUUCAAGGCCUGCCAAAGGCUCCGAAGUCUUCGAGAAGUGGGAGAGAGACCAGAUGGAGAAGUUGCUGGGUGAGUUGAACGGACACCUGGUGGUCUACCCCACAAGGUUCCUGGAAGGGGAAGAUGUCGCGAACAACUUUUUGUUCAAUGCGGAUAGGUUGCUGCCAUUACCCAUCUACAACUAG